ACGCACCCGGCCAAACCGCAUGGUGGGUGUCGGAGGGGAGGGGCCUGUCGUCACGUCCAGCCCAUGCUUUAGCCAACAACGGACUCACACUUGCCUGGGUACUUCAAAGUUGGAACGGGAGGUCGCAAAGUAUCAGGGGUUAUUUCUCCCCAGCCUCGGCCGCUCGGUUCACGAUCAGCAUUCUGCUCCAGCUAAUAAGAAUUAUGUUGACACGGUACUGGUAACGAACAGGGCCGGGGGUACUCGUUGGCGCGGGGGCACGUAUAAUGGGCGCCUGGGCUGUGCGUAAGUUGUUUCUUGGGUCUCUUGCCAGUCCGUCCCUUGCCCUGUCCCGUCGACUCGCUUGCUUGGCCGUGACUUGACUGCAACAAAGACUCCGCACGUGUGUGGCUUCACUUGGUAACACUCCCUCAAUCAGCACCAGUCCACCCGCUUGGGCCUGGCCCUCUGAGCUGACACCAUGCAGCCAUGCGCAGCCCAGAGGUCUGGCGGUCUCAACCCAUAGCGGUUCUGCGGUCUGGUUGGGCCGGGCAACGGGGCAAGGCACUGGUCUGGUUGGGCCGGACCCGGCAGGGCACCGCACCACACCUGGGCGUCACCGGUCUGGUUGGCGUCAAGACCAGCAGGUACGGUCAGCAGGGGCAACAGAGGGAAGGGGCGGUGGGCUGUUGACGUCAGCCAGUGACCCAACCAGUCCCGUGGCUACCGUACCAUCCAUGUGUGGUCCCACAAGUGGGGCAUGAUAAGCUGUGGGCAGAGGGCACAAGCAAAAGAUGUGUGCUUUGCCUUGUUGUGAGAGGCACGAAUCACUAGCAAUCCCUUUCCGAUUGAGGUACCCUUAGACUCGGACGCCCAGACCAAAUACUGCCCACGGUGCGUCUGUUGUGUCGUGUGUUAUCGUGUCUGUGGUUUGCUGUGACCGCCUACCCCCUGGGGUAGCGCUGCUGUGCCUGCUGUGUUGGGUUGCCAGUGGUGCUACUGUGGUGGUCAUAACUCUGCCCGGGAGCAGCCCCGCGCCAGUUCCGUGAUGGCGCAUGUAUGUCAGUUGGAUUCACUUAAUCUCGUGAGCGCGCUUUUCCUCCGGCAAACGCUUUUGUCAGCGUGUGUCGUGAACGUGUGUCGUGGUCUCGUGGAUCGCAAGGAUAGGGGCACAGGGGCAUGGCUUGCAUGCUGAGGAGCACAGGUUGACACGGGUAACACGGGUGGGUAACACCGCAGGGCAGGGCGCAUGCUGGAGGUGAAGGUGAGUCGGUGAGACCGGUGAGCCGUUCUGGCCCCGCAACCGCCUUGGCGUGUUGCCCGGCGGGCUUACUUGCUUGAGUCAUGCGUUGUCGCCACGCAAGCACGUGAACAGAUUGAUUGCGCAACCUGCCGCUGCCCAACCCCUGAAGGCCUGUUCAACCAUGAAGAGCACCCCCACUGUCUACCUGGCCAUAUGCAGACGCCCAGUUCCCACAUGCGGGAACGGCAUCAGUGCCCCAUGGCACCCCUCACUGCACCCUAGCUGGCCGUGGCGUGCCGAUAGCCCGUGCGGAACCCUGUUGUGACUGUC